AAAGAGUCGCAUAUUCGUAUGGCAAAAUACAAACAGGGUAAAAAUGCCAAGUAUGCCGAGAACGUUGUCGACGACGAUGAUGACGUGCCUAUUUUUGCGCGAAGGGUUUGCGAUACAACUAAAGAGAUAGACCAACCGAUUCAUGCUUCUACGUUUCCGCUAGAUGGGAAGCCGUUUAGCGCUAUCAAUGCUGACCUUGUUCCACCUUUCAUAGAUGAUCCGAAUGAGUUCUUUGAUGAGUUUGGUUUCCGAAAAAAAGAUGAAAUGCCGUGUUCUUCCACUGAAGGCGUUGAAAUCGAGAACAGCUCGCACAGGUAUAUUAAACACAAAUAUUAUUCCGAAUCUGUCGAUCUGUCGUAUGCAGACAAAACGGAAACAGACUUCAGGAUGCGCUUUGUGGCCGCCAUCGAGUUUGCUCAUCCCAGUGUGAAGGAAGAACUGGUAUGGUCCAAAGUGGAUUUGGACUCGCUCCGCAGCGAAAAGAUCGAAGAGCUGAUCAAGGAAGGAGGCAUACCCCACUCGAUGCGUCCAUACUUAUGGCCUCGAUUUGCUGGAGCUACGAGGAAGCGACUUGCUGCCGGAUACUCCUACGAGGAGGUCCUGCGACAAUCCGCUCAGGACAAACCUUCCAUAGGGGUACAGAUUGAAAGAAGUCUGCUCCGUACCUUGCCCAAUAACAUUUGUUUUUGGAAAAAGAAUGGCGCAGGGAUUGAUGCACUGCGAAGGGUGCUGAAGGCUGUAGCUUUCAUAUAUCCGGAUUUAGGUUUCUGUGAAGGCAUGGGUGAGCAGUGA